AUGGACUACUCCGCUUCAAUACACGAUUCCGAUAAUCCAGCAGGUCCCUCUCCAUGGGGAUCCUCACCUGUUGCUUCUCCCCGACAUGGGAGAAACAGUUCCUUUGGCGCUUCUUCCCAGGGGGCAGAAUCACCAACACCAUAUAGCACCGGCCAGUCAGGCAACGAAAGCUAUUCACGAGAUGAUGCGAGAGGAGGAGCAUACAGCAGGCCGGAAAGCAGCGCUGGAACAGAUGCCGGAACAGAAUCCGUGACGGGGAGUGAUGUUCAGAGACCGGAUACUGCGCAGUCUACCCAAAGCGCCUCUGAUCAACAAGUCGCACCAGCCCAGCCAGCACCCCCACAGCAGCGGCAACCACAACAUCCGCAAGGUCCGCAAUACAAGCUACAAGCAAAAAUCACUGGUCUUGAGCGGACCGGGAGAAAAGAUCCUAUAUUGAGAUUUGAUGUACAUACCAACCUCCCGAAGUUUCGCACUACCCAAUUCCGCGAUGUCCGCCGAACGCAUUCCGAAUUUAUGAAACUCGCAGACCACCUUAUCUCGUCGAAUCCGGAGGCUAUAGUCCCAGUCGUACCUCCUGCGUUGACUUCGGCUGGGGCUGGCACAGACGAGGACGAGGCGCGAGUCAAAGCAUCACUACAACGAUGGCUCAACUACGUGUGUUCAAAUGAAAUUUUAAUGAGGGAUGAUGAGAUGGUGCUCUUUGUCGAGAGUGACUUUGGGUACAGCCCGAUGCUCAAGAGAAAGCAGCCCGCAACCGGAGUCCGACGAAGAGUCAUCAAGCAAUUUGCACCUCCUCCCGAUGACACGCCAGAGCUGCAGGAAGCACGACCUGCCGUCAAACUGUUCUAUCUUGGCACAAUGGAUGCAGGGCAUAAGGUUGAUAAACUUGUCAAAGCGCGAAGAGGGCUGGGACUUGCGGAAUCGGACUUUGGCGUCAAGUUGGGUACAAUGAACGCACAGGAGCCACAUCAAGGGCUUGCAAAUGCUUAUCGCAAACUUGGCAAAACGAUACAAACAACUGGAGACUAUCAUGCUGCCCAGGCCACUGCCGAGGCAACUACCAUUGGGGACCCCCUCCAAUAUCACUCGCAGGAUGCAUUCGUCGUCAAGGAGACUCUGACCAACCGUCACAUCCUUCUCCGAGAAUUGCUGCAAGCCCAGCAGUUGACGCGGAGCAAGUUAAAUGCAGCUGACAGGCUGAAGGCGAGCUCAUCUGUACGGCGGGAGAAGGUUGAUGAGGCUAUCUCUGCAUUGGACGAGGCACGGAGCAACGAGCUCUACCUGCUUGGUAAGACGCAACGGGUCACCGCCAAUCUCCUCCAAGAGCAGCGCCGCUGGGUUGCCAGGACCGCGGCGGACUUAAGGCUUAGCAUCCGGGAAUAUGCUGUUCGUGAAAUCGAGGCGGAAAGGCGUACUCUGGCAACGCUGGAGAGCAUCAGGCCCGACAUCCGAGCAAUCGAUUCUUCCGGUGGCUUGAGUCGGCUUGGACGCGAGGCGCAUCCUGCGGCGCGACGCGCUAGCCUAGCUGCGAGUCAAGGGCCGAAGGGCGACGCCUGGAGCGGUGUGCCUCGACGCCCCGACGGACUCAACAGAAGUAUUUCAGGCAGUUUCAUGGCAAAUGUUGCGGAAGAGGCCAACGGGGGCGACGAGCAGGGCCCGGGCCGAGAGAGGGCGCUGAGCGGUGGGAGCAUUGGAGGUCUUAAGGGGGUGAAGGAGGAGGAGGAUGAGGAUCGAGUCGACGCCCGCAAUGCUGCGUCCCGAUUGGCAACGAGGUAA